AUGAAAGGUUUUGAGCAGGGGAGGAACAGAAUCAGGUGGAAAUUUGAGAGCGCGUUCUGUGACUGCUUCGUGGGAGAGGUGUCGGAGCAGGCAGUGUGUGUGUGUGGGGGUGAUGGGGAGGCUGUUCCAGCUCUCACCUGUCUUCUCUCUCAGAUCAGGACUCUCUCUGGGACACCCUCCAACUCCCCAGGUGAAUCAAGUCACCCCUGGGUGGCAGCCCCACUGGCCCCUGGCGAGGUGGUGAAGACUGCAGAUGAGGUGUGCAAGUUUCCAGGGCAGCCGCUGAGCUGGUGGCAAGCCCAAGAGUCUUGUGAGCAGCGAUUUGGCCACCUGGUAAUGGGGCCGGUAGAUGGGGUUCUUGCUUCGCGGCUGCGUGACCCGGUCUGGGUGAACCAAAGAGAAGCCUCCCUGCGGAGACCCCCUCGGAGGCGCAAGCGCACCACAGCAGCGCUGGUGUUCAGAGAAAGGACCGCGGACAAGGCGGCGCGACUGCGGACGCUUCUGCCAGCUCUGGAGGCGCUGACGGCGUGCGCACACUUACAAUGGGACAGCAACUCGCCCGAAGUGGCCGCGAUCUUUUCCCUCGCCGCCCCUGCGCUGGCCAACGCGCUGCAGCUGCGAGCCUUCGCCGAGCCCGGCGGCGCUGUGCGGGCGGCGCUGGUGGUGCGCGGGCACCACGCCCCAUUUCUCGCAGCCUUCCGCGCUGAUGGCCGCUGGCACCACCUGUGCGCCACAUGGGAGCAGCGCGGAGGGCGCUGGGCGCUGUUUGCUGACGGGCGGCGGCGCGCCGCGGCGUGGGGACUGGGCGCGGGUCACCCGGUGCCGCCCGGCGGCAUCCUGGUGCUGGGCCAGGAUCAGGACUCCCCAGGCGGCGGCUUCUCGGCACAUGACGCCUUCAGCGGCAACCUCACCGAUUUCCACCUGUGGGCGCGGGCACUGAGCCCCGCGCAACUGCACCGGGCACGGGCCUGUGAUCCACCUCCUGGCGGCCUGCUCUUCGUCUGGGACCCUGGCUCCCUGGACAUUACACCCUCACUGCUGCCAGCGGUGCCAGUACGCCUUCCCUGUCCGGUGCCCUCAGAGGAGUGCCCCGCGUGGAACCCAGGAUCCCUCACGGAGAGCUCGGAGCUCUGCUUGCAGCCGCAGCUCUUCCUCUGCUGCUACAGGACAGAGACCUAUCAGCAGCUGCAGGAUGUCCAUUUGUGGGGGGGCCAGGAUGUUAUCAGCAAAGUCAACGCUUUGGCCAACACUCUCGUGCUCUUCCCAGACCCCCUCUCUGAAGCCCCCAAGACCCUGACCCUGGACGAGGCCGUCAGGUUCCUGGGCAUUCUGGAGGGAGUCCUGGCCAAGGAGACAACUCCACUGGGGCCAGCUGCACUGCUGGCUGUCCUGCACUUCCUGAAGAGGGUGACAGCCCUCGGGGCUGGGGAGCCGGAGCCCUUGGCAGGGCCCUGGCAGCAGCUGGGCCAGGGCGUCAUGUCUGUGGCCAGCCAGAUCCUGGAGGAGCAGUUGGCUGGUGCGUGGCUGUCCAUCAGUGAGGUGGUCGGUGGACCUAUGGCCCUGGUAGCGAGCCUGCAGCGCCUGGCGCCCCUGCUGAGCACCACACUGACCUCUGAGCAGCCCCAAAUGUACAUCCAGCGCGUCAAUGCGGGCCUGGAGGUGCAGAGCCUACGUUUGAGGGAGGCCAGUGCUCGGGGCUAUAUAUUCACAAUGCCUGGUGGGCAUCCAGAGGGGCCCGGCCACAUCCACAUCCCCGCAAGUGAAGUGAGACAGCUCCUCCGGAAAGGCCUCUCCGGAGUCACCGUGAUCCACAGCUGGUUCACCUCUAGUGUCUUCCAGUAUGUCCUGGGGGCACGUGUCCUAGAGCCCCAGGCUUCUGACAGCUCAGAGGAAGCUGACAGGAUGCAGAGGUUCCUGAGCACACAGGUGGGGUCAGCCAUCCUCUCCUCUGAGGUGUGGGAUGCUGCCGGGGAGGUCAGCACAGCCGUGACCUUUCACCUGCGGCACCAGGCCCAGGCCUUCCCUCAGAAGCUGGUGGAGCCUGUCUGUGCUUUCUGGAACUUCAGUAUCAGUCCACACACAGGGGGUUCCUGGGCCACCAGUGGCUGCUCGGUGCUCACCCUGUUCCAGGACUCUACCGCCUGCUUCUGCAACCACAGCACCAACUUUGCUGUCCUGUUGCAGGUGUACGACAUCCAGAGAGACCCCGAGGAGGAGUCACUUCUGAGGACUCUGUCAUUUGUGGGCUGUGGCGUGUCCUUCUGCGCCCUUGCCACCACCUUCUUGCUCUUCCUGGCAGCUGGGGUCCCCAAGUCAGAGAGGACCACAGUCCACAAGAACCUCACCUUCUCCCUGGCCUCUGCUGAGGGCUUCCUCAUGGCCAGCGAGUGGGCAAAGGACAACAAGGUGGCGUGUGUGGCUGUCACGGUGGCAAUGCACUUUCUCUUUUUGGUGGCAUUCUCCUGGAUGCUGGUGGAGGGGCUGCUGCUGUGGAACAAGGUGGUGGCCGUGAGCAUGCGCCCAGCGCCCAGGAUGAGGCUCUACCACGCCAUAGGCUGGGGCAUGCCUGUGGUCAUUGUGGCCAUCACCCUGGCCACACGCCCCCGUGACUACGUGGCCGCCGGACACUGCUGGCUCAGUGUCCACACGGACACCAUCUGGGCUUUCGUGGGGCCGGUGCUUCUCGUGCUGACGGCCAACACCUGCAUCCUGUUCCGCGUGGUGAUGGUCACCGUGUCCAGCGCCCGCCGCCGUGCCCGCAUGCUGAGCCCACAUCCUGGCCUGAGGCAGCAGAUCAAAAUACAAGUGUGGGCCACAGUGAGGCCGGUGCUGGUCCUUCUGCCCAUCCUGGGCCCAACCUGGCUGGUCGGCAUUCUGGUGCACCUCAACCCUGCCUGGGCGUAUGUCGCCGUGGGCCUCAAUUCCUUCCAGGGGCCGUACAUCUUCCUGGUCUAUGCUGCCUACAAUGGGGAGGUGCGGAGCGCCCUGCAGAGGGUGACCGAGAAGAAGGCGGCGGCGCUCACCGUGGGGCGGGCAGGGCCCGAUGCUGUCACCAUUUCCUGUGGGACCCGCCGGGGCCCUGCCAGCCCACAGCCUCCAGGUCCCUGGGAGGUGGCCAGGACCCCACCGCGAAGACACGUGGCUCUCAGAGGGAUCCGCGGCCCCGGAAUCCCCACAGCCUUCUCUUCUAUUGCAGAACCAGAGAGACUGGCUGUGGAGCUGACGGCAUUCAAGGCUUCAGGAACCCCAGACUGGAUAAGAGGCACGACUGGCAGCCCCAAGUGACAGAAGAGCAGCCCUGGAUCCGCCGGCUCCCAGCAGCAGCACACUGGAGUGUGCCCCCCGCUGGGGCUCCCAGUAACUCACCAAGGUCACUGUCCCCUACCUUCCUGAGAUUUGUUCCUGCCCACCUGCCGCCAGGUUCUGGCUUGCC